AUGGAUGCUGAUGAGCCCACGCAUUCCGAGCACACAGAGCGCCUGCUCUUCGAGAAGGCAAGUGGGGUUUCAGAAGGCCAGCAGGCAGCCUUCAAAGCAGGAUUCCUUCCGCCUAGGGAACUUGCAGGGGUCGAACCACCAGUUGCUCAGGCUCGCAGUGGAACACUGGACAGUUUAGGCUUCGAGAGGACGGUGAGCAAAAGUAGUCAAAUCAGCGAAGGCGGUGUCGUCCGCACCAAGCGAGGCUUCCGCUCAUGGACUUCUUUUCAGAACUCCUAUGAACUUGUCGGCAUAGGAGAAGAGACCGACCGCAGAUGCCUCCAUAACCACAUGCUGCAUCAGAUGGAAGCAAAGAAGAGCCACAGAUUCGUCUGUGACUUCUGCAGGCGGAAGAUCCUUUCUGGUGAGCUGUUCUGGUCCUGUGAACGAUGUGUUUGGGACGUUUGCCAGACCUGCUACGCCAAAGGCGCCAGAUUCAAAGCAGGCAGUGAGGUUGAGUUGAUUCAGCCUUUCCGCGGCUACCUGCGGAAGACCCCUGGGGUCAUCAAGGACGUGGUGGACGACGCUGAAGGGAGGCACCACUCUCUUGUCGUGACGCUGCUCCCUCGAGAAAGCCCGGCAGAUGAGACAUUAUUGCGGGAGGACUUCUCGAAGAUCAGGGUGCUGGAGAGCAGCCAACUGAACGUCAGGUUGUUGGUUGGCGUUUGCCUCAUCGUGGCAUUUUUCCUGUACGGAAUUCUCGAUCAUCAUCGGCUUUGUCGACUUAUCUCGCGUUUGGUCAAUUGGUGUCGGACGAUAGGCAUGUGGUCAGCACUGAUCCUCUUCCUGGUCUCCUCAGUUCUGCCGGUCAUCAUGCUGCCGGUCUUCCCAGUGAUGGCGCUUUCUGGCCCGCUUUUUACCAAGCUGCAUGAUGGAGAGGCCUUCACGGGUGGAGCCAUCGCUUUUGGUGUAGUCUUCAGCGGACUUUGGUUUGGAAGUGUUCUUGCCUUUGCUCUUGGCAAGACGCUGCUACAAGAUUAUGCGCGGAAAGCCAGCAAGCACAGCCGCAUGCUGCGCAGGCUGAACCGCAUCAUUGACAGCGCAGGGGUGAAGAUCGUGUUCAUGGCACGGAGCCUGCCUAUUCUGCCUGCUGAAGUCUUUGAUUACGCUUGCGCGAUGACAUCCCUUGCGGUACAUGAAUAUGCCAUCGGAUGUCUAGGCUCAGCUGUGCCAGUGGCCUUUUGGACCUUCAGCACGGCACAGGCAACAGAUCUGACAAGCCCAAAGCGAUCCCAAGCCACUCACCUGGCACUGAUCAUUCUGAAUGUUGGAUGCCUGGCACUCCUAACGCUUCUUCUGGUUGGCGUGAUCCAGAAGCACGAGCAGGAGCAUGCAGAAGCUGACGAGACCGUCCAGAUUUCUUGGGAUCCUGGAUGGAAGGAUGCCAAGACAGAGGUCACUCAGAUUCUGCGAUCCCAUCAAUUGGACCCGCAAAGGGAGGGUCGAGACUUCACAAUCAGAGACUGCAAUAACAAGCUGCUGCAGCUUGGGCGUGCUUCCUUCAGCUCCUUCCUGGUCCGCCAUUGGGACGACCGCAGCGAAAUCUCUGAGCAACACUUCCCUCUUAAAGUGCAUAUGCACAAGGAAGCACCUUUGGUCAAUGAAUUCCUGGAGCCAGCAUCCACAAUGAUUAGAUAUGCCAGAGACAGAUUGGGCUCUACAUCUGAGCCUUUAGGUUCAACUUCGCUUCG